AUGGGUGAUAGUAACACUCCAUUUAAUAAUAAUAUUAAUAAUAAUUUAGAAAACAAUAAUAAUAAUAACAAUAACAAUAACAACAAUAAUAAUAACAGCAAUAAUAUCGGAAACAACAAUAAUAGUAAUAAUAAUAAUAAUAAUAAUAAUAAUGGUGCAAAUAUUGAAGAGAAAGGAAAUAGACAACAGGAGGUUAGCACACCAACUAUAGUUUAUAAUCUUAGUAAUAAUAAUUUAAAUUCAAAUAGUAUAGGAUAUAAUUAUAGCUAUGGUAGUUUAAUUGAUGCAGGAGGCCAUGAUAAUAUUAUUUAUAUUGAUAAAAGUAGACAAAGCGGUAAUCAUGGUGGAUCAGGUUUAAGUCAUGCUAGAAGUUAUAGCCAAGGAAAUAAUCAACAGCAACAACAGCAACAAAAUAAUUCAAAAGGUGCAACUGCAAGAAAUAGUUGUGAUUUAUCAAAAAAUAAAGAUGAUGAAAUUAGUGUAUCAUUUCACGAUACUUACAGCGAUAAUCAAAGAAUUCAUCAACAUUCAGAAAAAGGUUUAACUUCACUUCAAGCUAAAGAAACAUUAAAAAAUUUAGUUGAAAAUUUAUUAAAUGAAAAAGAAUUAUUUAAUCCAUUCGAAACAAAGAAAAUAUUUAAAAAGGAAUUAUUUAGGGUUACACCAAUAUUAUAUUUAUUGGGUGUUAUUUUAUUAGUUGUAGCUUAUGGUUUGAGACACGAAAAAGGGUUUCAAGCAGUUUAUAUUAUAUUGUCCGCAGGGUUAUUGUUAAUUUUCAUAAUAUUCCACUUCUAUAUGGUAAUUAGAGAACAAAAACUAGAGCACAAUGAAACAAUUUCAAAGGCAAGGGGUCAUUUAAAGAGAUAUGAGAAAUUUGGUGAUACUUUAGAGAAUGGUGUUACAACUGUAUCAGAUUCAAUUUCCUUAAUGUCAGUAUGCAGAGAUGAGGUAUGGAAGAAAAUACCAUUAUCGAUUUUGGUAGAGGGUGAUUUGGCAUCAUUGAGAGAAGGAGAAAAAGUGCAAGUUCCAUUAAAAUGCAUUGAAACCGACUUCAAAGAGAUCCAUUUAGCUAAAGGGGAAAUUUAUUCAUCAGAUCUAUUACAGCAAAAACUUUUACAAGUCUCACCAGAUAAGGAUAAAGAUGAAGUAGCUCAAAUUGCUCAAAAGCUCUAUAACUCUGGACGUUCUUGUUUCCUUUUAACAGAAACCCCAUGUUUUGACCAAAUUUCAAUGUCAAUCGAUGAACCAAGUAAAGCAAGACCAUCCAACCCUGUGGUCAAUGCUAUUAACUACAUCUAUGUUGUAAUCGAGAGAUUUUUAUGGGCCUCAGUAUGUGUUUCAAUGCUUGCAAAUAUAUUUAGAUCAAUUUUUCAAAAUGACCGUGAUUUGGUCGACCUUUUAAUUAUUAGACAAGUCAAUUUAAUUAUAGCAUUUUCAUUUAUAAUGUUACCAUGUAUUCUAUUGUUAAUCACAUAUUCAAUUGGCCAUGCAAAACUUUUAGCUCUCUAUGACGUAUUACAAGAACGUUCAUUAAAGGGUGAAAUCAGUGACGAUCAUCCAGCUUUAAAUUUCGAUACUGAGUAUAACGAUGAUAAAAUUCCAGAUAUACCAUUCAAAUUAAUGAAGACUUAUUGGGGUGCCAUAGUUAGCACUAAACAUGUAGCUUUCUCUCACUCAUCAAAAUUAUUGCAUAGUAUUGCAAGCACUACCGUAAUUUGCUGUAUCGAUAAGGAGGGUGUAGUAUCAGAACCAGUUAAUACCGUUGGAGAAGUCUGUUUCCUAAAAGAUGAACCUGUUAGAUUAGAGUUAUCAUCUGAAUACUCUCAUACUCAAUAUAGUAUCAGCUUUAAUGAUAACGACUGGCGUGAACACAUCAGCUCAUUAAAGCCAUUGGGUUUAGAUUGCUUAUUAAAUCGUACUUGUAGAUUAUAUUCCGAGGUUAAAGUUCCACCAACAAGUGAUCAACAACACCAAUGUUUACCACACAGUAGUAGUCAAAUUUUUUCACAAGACCAAGCAUCCAAAUUACAAUUAAUUCGUGACCGUGAGUCAAGUUCAGAUUCAAACUCACAGUGCCUUUGUUUAUUGGCAAAAGAAAUUGGUUUCUCUGAGGAAGCUUUAAAUCAAUAUAGUAGAUUAAAAGAAAUACACACUCUUACCCAAUCACAUAAAAAAACACCAGCUACUUUACCAUCAUCAUCUCAACAUGAAGAUUCUUCACCAUUUAUGAUAUCGUUGGUUAGCAAAGAAAGAAAUUCAGAUACUUUACAAUUAUUAACUAAAGGUAGUACAGAUUUGGUUCUUGAACAUUGUCAAUUAUAUUAUGAUGGAGAAUCAAUUAAAAGCUUUACCGAUACAGAAAAGGAAAAAAUCAAACAAAUUUUUAAUAAGUGGGGUUCAAAUGAAAGUUUAAAUACAAUUUGUUUUGCAUAUAAACCUAUUGAGUCUUAUUUCAAAAAAUUAUUUAUUUCUGGUAAUGUUAAUAGUCCAUUAGUUGAUGUUAGAUUUGAUAAUAAUGGUACUGAAGAUGAAAAUGGUGAUAAUAAUAAUAAUAGUAAUGGUAAUAGUAAUAAUAAUAAUAGUAAUAACCUAAAUAGUAAUAAUAAUAAUAACAAUUUAAGUGUUGUCUCAAAUGUCAAUCAUAGAAAGAACAGUAAAUCAGUUGGCGAUAAUAGUUUAAGAGUUUUAUUAACUUCAAAGAAUAUUGAUCAAUCAAAAUUAAAUGUUUCAGAAGGUAUUCCAACAAUUUUUGUUGCCUCACCAUUACCAGGUUCAAGCGGUCCAACACCAAUCCAAACACCAAAACCAAAGAAAAAGAAAAGACUACCAAAAUUCUCUUCAUCAUUUUUAUCAUCAAGUAAUAAAUUUUUAAAGCCAAAAGAUAAAAACAAUAAUAAAAACAAUAUAGAAAAUGAACUCUUAACACCACCAUUAUCACCAAUUACUGGUAAUGAUCAAGAGCAAGAGCAAGAACAAGAAAAUGAAAAUCAAGAAGUAUCUGAUGAAAAACAAAAUGAACCAAUUAAAAGAGUUACUAUUAUAGAUUCAGAGGGUGAAAGUGAUGAAAAUUCAGAAAAUGACAUAUCAGAUUCAUCAUCAAAUGUUAUUAUCAAGAAAAUUGAAAACAACAGAACAAAUGAUUAUGAUGAACUAGCAAGUGAUAGAUCGGUAGAUAUCGAAGAGUACGAAAAUGAAAAUGACGAGUCAGAUUAUACCAGUAACAGCGAAACUGAAGAUAAUGUUAAGGAUGAAGUUGUUGAAAAUAAUAAAUCAAAAUCAACAAAUAAAAAAUCAAAAUCUCCAUUUAGUCCAAAAAUUAAAUUUAGAAAACAAAGCAAAAAAGAUAAAAAAGAAAAAGAAAAAGAAAAAGAAAAUGAAAAAGUUAAAGAUAGAGAAAAGAAAAAAGAUAAAAAAUCAAAAGAUAUAAACAAUAGUAAUAAUAAAAACAACAAAAACAAUAAUAAUAAUAUUAAUAAUAUUAAUAAUAUUAAUAAUAUUAAUAACAAUAAUAAUAGUGAUAAUGAUAAUAAUGAUGUUAAUAUUAAUGUAUUAUCAAAAUCAUUAAAUAAUUUCGAAAAUUCAAGAAAUAAUUCAUUUGAUACUAGUUUAUUGGGACCAAUGGAAGAAUCAUAUAGAAUAAAAAAUAAUCAUGGAAGCAGUUUAGGUGAUUCAUUUGCAGGUGAUGAACUAUGUUAUCCAACAAAUUUAGAAGAUAUUGACGUAUUGGAAAAGUUACAAAUGAACCAAAUUUUCAUCGGUAUGGUUGGUAUGAGAGUUUUACCAAAAUCUCAUGCAAACCACUUUGUUGAAGUGUUACGUGCUGCUGGUAUUCGUUUUGUUUAUUUCUCAGCUGAAGACCGUAGAACUAGUAAUUCAUUUGUAAAUAGAUUGGGUUUAGAAACCGAUUGGAACUGUUGUAUCUCAUUACGCGAUCCCGAACCAAACGAAGUUAAUAAUGCUCCUACCACUGAUGGUCCAUCUCGUCUCCCAAAGGGUAUAUCAAUGAUUAGACAACACUUGGAAGAGGUAGAUAAUGUUCCGCUAUUGGUACCAAUGUUCUCAGAUUGCACCAAAGAUAAUACCAAAGAGAUGAUUCGUAUUCUUCAAGAAAAUGGCGAAGUAGUAUGCUGUGUUGGUUCAUCCUUAAACUAUGAUAAUACUUCAAUCUUUUGUCAAUCUGAUUUGGCAUUUGGUUUAGAGCCCGCUGUACCACGUUGUUUAAAUCAACCAUUAAAUAAAGGUGAUCCAUUGCCAUUAUUGACCUCUAGAAACUUUUUCGAAACUCCAACUGAUAAUACUCUCAGCGGUACUUCAAAAGAUCCAUCCCUUCCACUUCAUGCUAUAGCUGGAACUAAGCGUGUACCUUCCGAAUAUCCAUCAACUCACAGUUUGUGCUGCGAUCUUACAUCACUUCCAUGCUCAUUGGUUUUCCAUCGUAGAACCGAUUUCAAUGAAAUGCUUAAAUUUUUCCACGUCGGAAGACAGUUGCUAACAAAUACUAGACAAUGUUUAUUGUUUAUUUUAAGUGCUAGCAUGGCAUUAGUAUUAAUGACACUCGUUGGUGGUAUUUUGGCUGUAAGCCUUUCACAUGAUGGCGUUGUAGGUCAAGUCCCAUUAACAGGUCUCCAAUUAAUGUGGUUAGAGUUUAUAAUAAUUCCAAUAUUAGGCUUUUCAUUAUUAGCCACACCAGAGGAUAAAGAUGUAAUGACAACCAUAAGUCCAAAGAACAACUCUGAAUUUAAACAUAUUCCAACAUUUGCUCAAUAUAUUGCAAUUAGAUUAGUUCCAUCCAUUUUGUUAACAGCAUUCUUUUUCCUUUGGUCUCUUCACUCCCUAACUGGUGCAAGCUGGGCAAAUAUUUUUGGUGCAGAUUUAUCAAAUUGGAAAACAAAUGGUAUAUCGUACUCAUCCGCUUUGUUGGUAUCUCAAAACAUUAUGAUGUUUGCUUUUGUAUAUUAUCUCUGUAUAACAAGUAUUAGCUUUAUUCAUCACACUCAGAGCAUCCUCAAAUUUAACCCUCUCAGAAAUUAUAUUUGGAUUGCAAUGGCCAUUCUCUGUAUCUCACUUCAAAUUGCCUUUUCCUUUAUUUCACUUAAAGUUAUCGACGGUAUUCAUUUAUUGGGUGAAGUAUCUUGGGAAUUAUAUGUUGUAUUAUUCUGUUGGGCCUUCUUUGUUAUAAUAAUCGACGAAUUUGUAAAAAGAAAAUAUAAAAAUUGGUUUGAUGACCUUCAACUAGAAUCUAGAUUAGAAUUUGAUACUAAGUUGGGUAUGCAUUCACCAAUAUAA